AUGAUCGGAUACAGCAUAAAAGAUAAUUCGCCAACUAGCACGUUCAUAAUCGGCGGUGAAUAUGACACGAUUGAACAUCAUCCCUAUUUAGUGGCCAUUCUCAAGAACGAAAGACUUUGGUGCGGUGGAUCAAUCCUAUCGGUAAACCACGUCCUUACUGCAGCUCAUUGUGUCUUGCACGAGUCAUCGCCAUUAAUAGUCAGCUCAGGAUCUGCCUUUUGGAAACAAGGAAGUAUUCACCAUGUCGAAUACAACGUUACAUAUGGACCCGUAAUGAAUGAUGAUCUCGCGAUAUUACGAGUCACGGAACAUUUUAUCUUCGACAAUACUUGCCAACCAAUCCCAAUAUUCUAUUCCGGCGAAAUAACAGAUCCGGGCACAAUGGCUACAAUCAGUGGUUGGGGUAUAACGGAAAAUGAUAGUCCGACAUUACAGUUAAAAUCGACGCAAGUGCCAGUCGUCGAUACAGAAGUGUGUAGCGAUAUCUACAAGGAUUCUGAUAUCGGGAUAAUAAGUGAGGGUCAGAUGUGCGCGGGUUUCCUCGACGAAGGUGGCAAAGAUGCUUGUCAAGGUGAUUCCGGAGGUCCAUUGGUCAUCGAUGGACGCCAAGCUGGAAUUGUGUCAAUGGGUUAUGGAUGUGCAAAGCCACACUAUCCCGGUGUCUAUACACGAGUCGCAUUCUAUAACAGUUGGAUCAUGGAACAGAUUUCUCUAUAA